AUGGUUUAUUCCGAAAACGUUAAGGCUUUGGAGAAUUUAGAUGAUUCUGAUCCUGAUAUUUGCACAAGAGAUGAUUCGGAUUUCUUUGAUGACGACGACGACGAUCCGUUCCUUUCACAAGACGGGGAAAAUGAGAGCGACGAAGAUAACGAUGAUUUCACAAAGCCCCUAUUUAUUGAGCGGAAUAAUGCCAACUCACUGAGUCAAUUUCUUGCCCAACAAAUUGCCAAGAGUGUGAAUUAUGACGAAUCGAUUGGAAAAGGACAGAUAGAAAGUCUAACAAGAUUUGCUAAUUCAACGUAUUAUACGACGGCAUUCUACUCAUUAGUCACAUUUGUUUUAUCAAUAGGAGUCACAAUAUUGAAAGACCAUUUGUUCAUCUGGACAGCGGUGGAUUGUUAUGGUGGAUUUGCGGAAAUUCGCCUUUCGAUAUUGGAUGGGGUUAAAUCCUGA